AUCAAAUCACCGCAUCUCGGUGAUUUUCAUUCCGUGUCACUUAUCAGUGCCAAUAUAUUAAUAUUACAAGUGCGGACGUGCAUAGCUACGGAUUAUUUACUUACUUAUACGCAACUUGUCACAUAUUUGACAGAGAAUCCGCACGAUGGCGUCGACGGUCAGAGAAAGUUCGCACGUUAGCCGGAAAAUCGUUAGCCAUAGUGGAGGACAUGGUCAGAUUCACCAUAACCACUCGUCAACAACGGCGCAUAAUCUGGAGAACAAUUUGGACGCACUUCUCGAAGACCUGCAAACCAGCGUUUCGCGAAGCGCGACUCCGGUUCGCGGAGGGCGAGCCCUUUCCCCGCAGGUUGAAUACAGAGCACCUGCAAACACUACGAGGAUCGUAUCCGAGGGUCGUACCAUCUCACCAACGAGGUCGACAACAACAACAACAGAAAAGUACGUGACGACUGGAAACAGUGGCGCAGUCAGCGGAAUUCCUGGUCUCGAAGUCCUCGACGCCGAACUGCAGAACGUUCAACCGGGACAGAGCAAGACAGUAGCGUACAAACAGGUGUCUUAUCAAUACAAGACGAACCUCGAUGGCAGCCCAAGAGACGGUGAUUCGUGGGCAAUGUCAGAGAACGUUCUCAACUCAACCGGCUCUCCGAUAAUUGAAGAAAUUCGCGACAGAAGUUAUACCGAAGAAUUGCAUCCGACUAGACGUCAUCGCAGUCCUGAUCCGCCUGGCAAGACUUCGACCGUAAACAGAGAACUGUUAUUCGACACAUCUUCCACCUCCAGGUCGAGGCAAACGUCUCCUCUUCCCGCUAGUCAGCAACGCGAUGCUUCAUACGUCCAGGAAUCGUCGUCAAGCUACCACGUUGACCCGAGACCCGUACAGAGUACCGUGACGACAAUCAGGAAAAACCAGACUCUAAACGCCCCCCAGGAAGUCGAAAACAUCGAGUACAUCCAGGUACCAUCGCCAAACGCAGCGGUACCGAUAAAUUUGGCACCCGGUCCAAACACCAAAGUAACAACGACCGUGAAAACGUACACCUACGAGCUUCCCGGCUCGCCGGAAAAUUACAUACACGGAAGCACGCUGCCGAGGGGAGUUGUGCUUCCCGGUGAUCAGACGAUAACUUACACUCUGCCACGUGGAGGAACUAACGACAAAAGCUACACCAUUCAUACGCAGAAGGUGACGAAUUCCACACUUCCGGGACAGACGGUCACUUACCAAGUGCCGUCACCCGAUGGACCAGGAACUCAAAUUAGGUACGCCAGUCCACCGCCACCGGAGACGCCGACGACGAAGACGUCCAGCCUGCACAGGGAGGCCAAGUACUAUCACGAGGAACAACGUGGGUUCCCGCCUGGUAGUCCGGUCCAGAAACCGGUUAACAAUACCAUCGUUUAUCACACCGGGCCUCCUCCGAGUAACACCGAAACAGUGACAACUGUUACCAGGAACGAGAAGUACUACCAAGUGAAUGGAACCUAUCCGAACGGGGAUGGACCCCGAAGUCCAACCAGCGGUCCACACGGGCCCGGUUAUGGUCCAGAUACCGACCGCCCGGAUCACGGAACCAACACGACGACUAUCAUAUACCAAAAUCAGCCUGCGCCGAAAACCGAAUCUCAUACAACAACGACGAUAAAUCGAAGCCAGGAGUAUUACGAGGGGACGCCGUAUGCCAAUGAACCAUCGCACAAGUACCCGGGUCCCGACAAUCAGAGGCCGGAAGGACCGAGCCACACGACAGUGAAUUACUACACAGUUGCACCUCCGCAGACAAAUCCACCUCAGCCGACAAACACAACGAUUUACAAGUACUCCAACACCACGACGACCAUACCGCCAAACAAAUAUCCCGACGAUCACGAGGUCCUUUUGCCGAAACCGUUCCCCACGAGUGGCGUCCAACUUUAUCCGGCGAACGCGAAGCCGCAAACGCCCAGCAACGGACAUGGACCACCGGACAAGUUGGAGGACCUUAUGGCUUCCUUCUCGGACACGGAGCGGGUCGUACUGGCUGAUAUUUCUAACAAAGAGAGAGACCAGCAGAAGGUGCAAAAAUCUUCUGACCUUAAUAAUCCAAAGAAAGAUGUUGAUUUCGUUCCGCAUACGCCACCGAAAGUCCAGAGCAAAAAUUACGCCGGACCUCCGGUUUACUAUCCGCCAGGAUCUGCCGAGUUUACCAAGAAGGAAGAGUCUGGCGGAGCUAUGAUGCAGUCUAGCGGAGGAUGGCAGAAGGGUAAAGCUAAAUACGAAUACGAAGCAUCGAGUAAAAGCAAAAGCAAAAGCAGUAGCGGAGGAGCCGUAGUUCCGGUUUGUUUGCCACUGUGCUGCGCUAUGCCUUGCGUAAUUAUGUAGGCUUCGCGCGAUUAUCAAAGUAUAAUAAAUUAAUGUAAAUUUUACAGCGACGUAAAUUCUAUACCUCAGUAAACAAUAUUAUCUUUCGUUAUAUCUCGCGAUAAAGUUCACCCCUUCCCUGGCGCACAUUCAAAUUUACGCCAAUAUGUCGUAUCGGUCGUAGUAACAUAAUUGCGUGGUGUUUUCUAAAAAAAAAACUUAGUCGUUUAAUCUUAUUUUGAGUGAUUUUGAUUCUAUAAGUGCAUGUUCGUAAUUUUAUACGACAAGGUUUCACCAUUAAAUCAGUCCAGUACCAUCAAACGUACAGAAGUUUUCAGCAAAAAUUCCGCAGUAAUGAAUGCAUAAGACGAAAAACGGCAAGAUGUUGAAAAAUUUUAUGCCCGAAAAUUCGAAGAAAAUAUCUGUAAGUCCAGGAUCACGUUACUCUUUGACCUUAUGUAUAUAAAUAAAAAAUUGCACCAAUGAGGUCAUACCGUAGCUGGGGAAAGUUUUUUUGUUCGUAAUAACUUCUCGUUUUCUUCGUCGAAAAAAUUCAUGCAAAGCUCGACGUUAACAAAGUAUGAACGUUAACCGUUUUUAUUUAAGUUUGAGAUUACGACAAAAACGUAACACCCUUCUUUUCGUCUUUUUUUCAAUUUAAUUUUAUGAAAUAUUUUAAGUAAUUCACAAUUGUUUUAAACUUUGUAUGUAAUAUAAUAUUAUUUAAAAUACUCAUUAAUUAGUAUCUAAACUGGCAGUUUCGCAAGUAAGAUACACGAGUACCCGCUAAAAUGUCAUUUUCUCGAAUCGGAAAAUCCAAAACCACUUGCACUGUUGCACAUAAAUAUACGUAUAUACACACACAAUAAAUAGACACUUGCAGAUCUGAUCCAAAGUCCGUAACGAAUUGUUUUUACUUUCAAAACCACGCGUUAAUCGCGUCUUUUGGAAAAUUAUACAUAUAAUGGCUAUAAUUAUUGAUUCCCAAUAUAUAUUUUGUAUUAUUUUAUUUACUAAUUAAUUAACAACGAGUCUGUAGUUUUUAAGAAAAAGCAAAUUGACUAUACAAAUCAUUAUUUUAUUUACCUUACUUAACCGUUUCUCACAAAGAUUUUAAAAAAAGAUGAAACAAUGAGGUAAAUAUUGCGUAAAAAAUCAAAAAUAAUACACGAAUUAUCAUGGUAAUAAAGAGCCGUGAAUUAUGGUGCUAUAAUAAUUUUAAUGGUUGUAAUCGUAUAUAAGCGAAAUAAAAAAAAUAUUUAUAUAUAGGUAUGCACGUAUAUCCGGAGAUAUAAUUGACAGGCUUAAUAGUCGCAGGUAUGUUUGUAAAAGGAAACAGAAAAAACAAUACCUGUUGCGCGAUGCCGUAACUAGCGUGAGAAUGUAUGUACGCUUUAACGUAAUAUAAUGUAAUAUAUAUGCAUACACACAAACCCACACAUGUAUCAAUAAACUGACUGCUAUUUCUAAUCCCUA